GGUCGUGACCUAUGACCUAUAAUUUUCCCGCGUGUGAAAAAGUUCGUCUGUGACCUUCCUACUUUCCUCCUCUCGCAGGGGAGCGAUGUCUGUUCAGGAGACUGCCACUCCCACCGAGUCCUUCUUCCGCCUGCUGGACGACUAUGACCACAGGAUCAGGCCUAACUUUAACGGUGCCCCGGUUAACGUCACUUGUGACAUCUUCGUGCAGAGUAUGGGUUCUGUGAAGGAAACGACGAUGGACUACAUCAUCAACGUGUUCUUCCGCCAGCGGUGGAACGACCCCCGACUGUCCUUCAAACAGUUCAACGAGACGCUGACGCUGGACGCAAGUGUUGUCGGGAAGAUCUGGGUCCCGGAUGUGUUCUUCGUCAACGAAAAGGGUGCCAAUUUUCAUGACGUCACGACGGCAAACAGGAUGCUCAGAGUGGACCCGACGGGCACGAUACUAUACAGCACACGGUUGACCUUGACAUUGGCCUGCCCCAUGAACCUGUACAGGUUCCCUAUGGACAGACAACAGUGUGGACUCAAGAUGGAGAGCUACGGAAAGACGGAGGCGGACAUCAUGCUGCACUGGAAGUGGACCCGGCCGGUGGAGUUCGACGCCUCCGUGGAGCUGCCGCAGUUUUACGUGGAGAACAUCAGAACCAACAGAACAGUACAAAAUUAUAAUACAGGACAGUACACGCGGCUGACGGCGACCUUUGACCUGCAGCGUCAGAUGGGGUUUUACCUGAUCCAGGUCUACAUUCCCACAAUGCUUAUCGUCAUCCUGUCCUGGGUGUCCUUCUGGAUCAACAUCGAGGCUGCUCCGGCCCGGGUUGCCCUGGGAAUCACCACGGUGUUGACCAUGACCACCCAAGGGUCCGCCCAGGGCGGUGACGUCAAGGUGUCGUACGUCAAGGCCAUCGACAUCUGGCUGGCCGUGUGUCUGCUGUUCGUGUUCGCCGCGCUCAUCGAGUUCGCGGCCGUCAACUUUAUGUCGCGUCAGGACAAGAACCGGGACGACCGGAGGAGGAAGGAGAAGGAGGAGGCCGACAAAAACGAAAACGGAAAAGUUAUUCCGCCGCCGAAGGAGGACUACGCCACCUUGCGGCAGCGCACAUGGUUGCACCACGUCAAGAACGUCAGCCUAAAAGAAGAAGUGCCCUCUAGCUUGGACAUCAAAAGUGAGAAGUGCAGCAGUCAGCAGAGACCGCCACCCGAGCGGGAGCGGAACAAGUACAUGGAUCGCGCCAAGAACUUGGACCGCCUGUCGCGCGGACUGUUUCCGCUAGGGUUCUUCCUCUUUAAUCUGAUGUACUGGAAUGCUUACCUAUUGUUCUUGUGAGACCUCGAGUCAAGGUUGUUAGAU